AUGUCUUCUUCGUAUUUGGACCUUGUAGAUAAAUCAACAGAGCUGGAAAAUUCUAAAGUUCGGGUCUAUGCAAAAACUGCUGUUAAUAGUUGCGUCGUAACUCAAAUGGUUACAUGUGCGUUGAGAAGUCAUCAAUGCAAGGAUAUUUUGUUCGUAAAGGAAACGGUGUUGGAGUUAUUAGAGUUAACUCCUGAAGGUGUACUAGUAUCAUUAUUUGAACAGCCAAUAUUUGGUACGGUUAAAAAUGUAAAAGUGUUGAAAUGUAAAUUUUCUGGACUAUUAUUUUUUGAUUCAGAAAGUGGAAAUGUCUAUCAUGAACUUGAAUUAUCAUCAUUAUCAUCAAACAAAAAACAAUGUUUAAGAGUAAUACCAGGUCAAGAUGUUUUAGUUUGUGUGUCCGAUUCUGGUAAAGGAAAAAAUGUACCAUCUAUGAUUGGUUCUAAUGCUGAAAAUUCUAGAAAAUCAGGAAGGUUUCAACCUAUCAAAGAAAUACGUUUAUCAGAUCCAGGCUUCGAUUUUCAAAAACUUGCUAGAUUAAUCUGUAUAGAUCCAUUUGGACAUUUGAUAGCAGUUUCAGCUUGGAAGGAUACAAUUCAACUGUUUUCAAUUCAAGAUAAUCACAAUCAACCUUUUUCAAAAAUGAACGAAAUAACCAUUGAUCCUAUAAAAGAUAUAGGCCAAAAGGCAAUUAUCAUCAUCUCUAUUACUAAGGAGUAUUCACAAUAUGGUGUAAUAUGGCAGAUGGACUUUUUAUAUCCAUCAGAUGAGUCACAUAUCCUACUGGCAAUGAUAGUUUUCAGUGAAAUUUAUAAGCAAGCAAAUGUGAUUAUUUAUAAAUUUUGGGCAAAUGAUGAACCAGAGAAAAAUAUUUUAGCAUAUUCAAAGCUGCCAUUAUCAGAAGAUUUUCCCCUUCCUUUACAUCUUAUACCUCUUCCUAAUUAUCCUGAAUGCUUUUUAUUAAUAAAUGAGAAUGAUGUUUGUUUUCUUAAUGCUAACGAAGUAAUAGUUGGAAAUCUUGAUUUCUAUAAGGAGCGAUUGCCAAUAGCUGAUUCUCUUGUCACAUCUUUUACAAUUCCAACGAAUGACGAUUCUUUAUCUAAUUGGACUACUAUUACUACUUCAUCAUCAAAAACAAUCAACAAUUCAAAAACAUCAUUGAAUCCAAUUGGGAUUGCAAUGACAUCAAUUAGUUCUAAUUCAGGUGAUAGUGAUUAUGUUAUUUUAAGUGGUGAGAUGAGUGAUGGCGCAGUUGUAUUGGUUGAAAAAACAAAUUAUACAGUUAAAGCAACUAUGACAUGUAAGAUACCAAAUUGGGCACCUGUUUUAGAUUUCCAAAUGUUAGAUUUUCAUCAUGAGUGGCAUGAUGUUAUUUUGGCAUGUAGUGGUUAUGGUAAACAUGGAUCUAUUCGAGAAUUACGUAGGGCAAUAGGAGUUAAUGUUAUUACCAAGACAGAACCUGAUUUUAAUGGAGUUAAUUGUCUUUGGAAUUUGAAGUAUGAUUCUAGAAAUGAUUUGACAGACUCAUUUUUAGCAUUGUCAUUUACUAACUCCACAAGGCUUAUGUAUAUUGGAAAAUAUGGAGAAUUGGAAUGUAUAAGUGAUAGGAGUGGACUUGAUUUAGAGUGUAGUUCAUUAUGUAUAGUAGAAUUUAUUGAUUUAGCUGGCUGGUUAAUUCAGAUUCACAGAAAUGCAGUUAAUAUGAUAAAAAUUUGCCGAAAUCUUGAUUUGAUGAAGGAGGAAUCAUCACCAUCUGAGAAUUUAGUACAAGGGAAUUUAAUCUCACGUUGGAUUCCACCCGAGAAUACAAUAAUUGAAGUUGCAAGUGUAUACCAAUCAAUCAUUAUUUGCAGUUUAUCUUCAUCUGACGGCAAAAGUAUAUUAAUUGCUCUUAAAGUAAAUUACGAUAAAAAUAAAGAAGAUUUAAAUGGUAUUUGCUAUACUCAAAUUGGAGAAUAUAUAUUGGAUAGUCAACCAUGUUUUAUUAAUUGUAUUGCUCCUUGGACAUGGCAAAUUGAACAUUCUCAUCACAUGGGAUUAACUUUUUCAUGUAUUGCAUUUGAACAAUAUGAACAUACACCCAAUAGAUUAUAUUUUGAUGAUUAUUACAAAGUAUUUAUUGUAAUUUGUACAAAUAGUUUUGAAGAAAUUCCAAAUUCUGUCUUAAAAAUUGUUGAUCCGCUAAAUGGCAAAAUUAUCUAUGAAUAUUCUUUAUUUGAUCAAGAUAAUCCUAAUAAAUGUCAAACAGUGUAUUCAAUUACAGGUUGGCAAUCUACGACUGGUAGACAAGAAUUUCGAUGGAUUUACACCGGAAGACUUAUUUUAUUUCAAAUUAGAAAAAUAUUGUUAAAUAAUAAAGAAUAUGAAUUAAAGAAAAUAAAUCAAACUAAUGUUAAUGGAAUUGUAUGUUCUAUGUGCCCUUUAAAUGACAGAUACUUGCUUAUUGGGUCUGGAAAUACGCUUAAUCUGCUAAAAUUUUAUUAUGAAGAAAAAAAAAUAAGAAAAGUUUUAAGUAAAGAAUUGAGAUGGCCUAUAAUUUCUAUUAAUGCAAAGGGUAGAAGAAUUUGUGUUGGUACUCAAAAAGGUUCAUUAUCAUUUUAUGAAUUUGACGUUGAAAGAGAAUCCAUCACAUUCUUGAAAGCUGAAAGAAUGUCAAGAUUAAUCAAAGAUUCAAUAAUGUUGAAUGAAGAUCUUGCCAUUGGUUCCGAUAAAUGUGGAAAUGUAUUUGGAUUAUUGUACAAUGAAGAUGAUCCAAGUAUCGAGUCAUGUAUAUCACCAUUAUUUUCUUUCCACACAGCUGAAAUUGUAUCAAGGUUACGUGUUGUUUAUUUAGGUUACCGAUCGGAUAAUAUCACAUAUUCUACUACAUCACUAUCGUCAUUUCAUCAGCAACUAUCACCCCUUUAUGAAAAAAACAAAAACAACAAUGGUCAUGAUGAUAAUAAUGGCAAUAAUGGUUGGGAUAUCGAUAAGGAUAUUAUUAGUUCUUCUGCUGCUGUAAUUGGUUGCUCAUUACUUGGAAGUGUAUUUCUAUUUGUCAGAGUAAAUUUAAAAUCAUAUAAAUUAUUAAGAGUUUUACAAACAAUUUUAGAAAAAUGGCCAACCACACGACCUGUCCUAGGAAACGAUAACAGUAAAUUUAGAUCUGAUCAUAAUGCCACUAAAUUAAAUUUUGUUAUUGAUGGAGAGAUGGUAUCCCAAUUUUUACGACUCUCAAAACAAGAGCAAUUUAGAAUUAUUGAAAAACAUCCAGAACUUAUAAAGGCUGGCAAAAUCUUUAUCCACGGAGAAAAUUGGUUUUAUGGAGUUGCUACUCCUACUAAUACUCCUACCACUGCCACUACACCGUUAAGUACUGGUAGUGAUAGUUAUCUCGGUGGUGAGAAAAGUGAGGAAGUAAUAAUGGCCAAAUAUGUAACCAACGUAGAAGAGAAGAAAGAAGUUGGAAAUGAUCUUAUGGUUGAGGAGGAAAUUGAUGAAAUGAAUUAUAUAGGAGAAACGAUAAAACAAGUCCAUACUCAUCCUUGUAUAUCCGGAUUGACUACAGCAUGGUGUUUAGCUCGUUAUGCACCUUCAACAACAAAAAUAACAUUAUUAGAAGCAUCAAAUAGAUUUGGUGGAUGGAUAGAAAGCAAAAGAGUUGGAAAUCAUCAAAUACUUUUUGAGCAAGGGCCAAGAACUAUUAGACCUGCAGGAAUAGGAGGUUUACUGAUAUUAGAUAUGACAAAUAAAUUAAAUUUAACAUCAUCAAUACUUUCAGUAACAAAAUAUGAUCCAUCAGCAAUAAAUAGAUUCAUUUAUUAUCCAGACAAACUUGUCAAAUUGUCAAGUUCAUCAGUGCUAUCUCACAUUAAAACAUUAAUAACCAAUAAAUUCAUGUGGAAAAUAAUAAUGGGAAUAAUACAAGAGCCAUUUAUACCUAUGAUAUCUAAAGAAAUUUCUGAUGAAAGUAUCGAGACAUUUAUUACAAGAAGACUUGGUUCAACUGCUUCCCAAGUCUUGAUGAGUUCUUUAGUACAUGGCAUUUAUGCAGGUGACGUAAGUAAGCUAUCAAUAAGAUCUACAUUUAAUAAAUUGUAUGAAUUGGAAAGAAAUUAUGGAUCCAUCAUUAGAGGAUUAACAAAAUCUUCAGUUAAUACUACAAUGUUUUCUGAUGAGCUUGAUAAAAUGCUAUAUGAUAACAUGGUUGAAGAAAAUAAAGAUAUCUUUAAUUUUGUAUCUGGAAUUAGCUUGUUUUCAUUUAAGAAUGGAAUUGAAGAAUUUGUUGAUGCCAUUGUUAAGGAUUUACAAACCAAAGAAAAUCUAGAAAUUAAAACUGGUCAUAAAGUAAAAGAAAUGGUGUUUGGAAAUGAUUGUGUUGAAGUUCAUACAAAUAAAGAAUCCAUCUGCUCUGAUCAUGUUAUUAGCACCAUUCCAUCAAAUAUUCUUUAUAAUAUACUUCCAAAAGACUAUAAAUUUUCGCAACUUAAAUAUAACCCAUCAGUAUCAGUAGCCAUAGUAAAUUUUUCAUAUGAUCAACCUAAUAUUUUACCUGUAAAAGGAUUUGGAUAUUUAAUACCAAAAUCAACACAAAACAAUCUCCAUAAUGUAUUAGGGGUGGUUUUUGAUUCAUGCACAAUGCCAUAUCAGGAUGAACUAUUCAACAACUUUACAAAAUUGACUGUAAUGAUGGGUGGUCAUUAUUAUAAUGAUAACUUUGAUAAUCAACAAAAGCUUUUUAGUGAGGAGGAAUUAUUAAAUCAAUCAUUGGAAAUUUUAGAAAAUCAUUUAGGUAUUUACAACACACCUACUAAUUACUCGGUUAAAUUAGCAAGGAAUUGCAUACCACAAUAUUAUGUAGGUCACUAUGAUAGAAUGAAAGAAUUACAUUAUGAGAUAAAAUCUAAAUUAAAAAAUAGAUUAAGUGUUGGUGGCGCUAGUUAUUGGGGUGUUAAAAGUUGA